ACUUCCUCAUAGUUAACCACAUUUAAAGAUGUCUAAAUCCAAGAACCAUACCGCCCACAACCAAAGUAAGAAGGCUCACAGAAACGGUAUCAAGAAGCCAAAGACCAACAGAUACCCAUCUUUGAAGGGUGUUGACGCCAAGUUCCGUAGAAACCACAGAUACGCUUUACACGGAACUGCUAAGACUUUGGCUAAGGCUCGUGCUGAAAAAUCCGCUUAAAUUUAAUGGAGUUUACUUGUACAAUGUCAUAUAAUUUAUGUUAAUAUUUAGAUUUACGGGUUUUUUACGUUCGAAUAAAACUUUCACAU